GGUCAGUUUCCACCCAUACACACACACACGCAACUCUCUGCAAAACAAAGCCCUCAUCUCACCACGGUGAUCCAUCCAUUGAAAAGCUUCUUUCUUUCUCUAUUCUCUCUCUCUCAUUUACAUAUACAUACAACAAAACCUGUAUCUAUAGAAUCAUUACAUGACUACGGGAGUCGGCGGUGGUGGUGGUGCUGAUGGUGCAGUAGGAGGCGGAGGGGGAAUUAUUGUUCCUUCGGUCAAAUCGGAGCCACCGCCGGAACAAACGCCGGCGGAGGAACAGGCGGCGGAGACGGUGGAUAGAGAUGUAUUGUGUCCGAUAUGCAUGCAGAUAAUAAAAGAUGCAUUUUUAACAAUAUGUGGACAUAAUUUCUGUUAUAUGUGUAUUGCUACUCAUCUUCAGAAUAAAAGUGAUUGUCCUUGUUGUGCUCAUUAUCUUACCCCCUCUCAACUCUUUCCUAACUUCUUACUUAAUAAGCUAUUGAUGAAGGCUUCAGCUUGUCAAAUAGCAAAAGGUGCUUCUCCUGUUGAGCAACUACGCCUAGCAUUUCAGCAGGGAUGUGAUGUAUCAAUCAAGGAGCUGGAUAGCCUCUUAGUUCUUCUCACAGAGAAGAAAAAAAGAAUGGAGCAAGAAGAAGCGGAAUCAAAUCUGCAGAUUUUGCAUGAAUUUUUGAAUUGCUUAAGGAGGCAAAAGCUUGAAGAGCUAAAUGAGAUACAAAAAGAUCUCCAGUACAUGAAGGAAGAUAUAAAUGCUGUAGAGAGAUAUAGGAUAGAAUUACAUCGAGCUAGGGAAAGAUGUUCAGUAAAAAUAAGGAUGAUUGGUGAUGAUUCUACUGUAAAAACAUCAUGGCCAUCAUUGAUGGAUAAACGCAAUAGCGGCAGUAUCCCUAUGGGGGCUGGAACUCCACAAAGUCGGUUUCCUGAUGUACAGGGUCCUGUAAGUUCUCUUGCACAUCAGAGAAAGGAUGCUUGCAGCGGGUCAGAUUCACAAAAUACUGAAGUAGGAGUCUCUGUGGCAAGAAAGAGGAGAGUCCAUGCACAGUUCAAUGACUUGCAAGAGUGUUACCUGCAAAAGCGGAGACAUUGGGCAAAACAGGUGCAGAAGCAGGAAGAAAGGGAUGAUAAUCCGAUAAAAAAAGAUGGAUAUCAUGCAGGACUCAGGGACUUCCAGUCUGUACUUUCGACAUUUACACGAUACAGUCGAUUGAGAGUCAUUGCUGAACUUAGGCACGGAGAUCUUUUUCACUCUGCUGAUAUUAUAUCAAGCAUAGAAUUCGACCGGGAUGAUGAGCUUUUUGCUACAGCUGGAGUUUCAAGACGCAUCAAGGUCUUUGAGUUUGCAUCUGUGGUAAAUGAACAAGCAGAUGUCCAAUGUCCUGUGGUGGAAAUGUCAACACGCUCCAAGCUUAGUUGUUUGAGCUGGAACAAGUACACCAAAAGUCACAUAGCCAGUAGUGAUUAUGAGGGUAUUGUGACCGUCUGGGAUGUAACCACUCGCCAGAGUGUAAUGGAGUAUGAAGAGCAUGAGAAGCGAGCUUGGAGUCUUGAUUUUUCACGUACUGAGCCUACAAUGCUAGUAUCUGGAAGUGAUGAUUGUAAGGUGAAGAUAUGGUGUACAAGACAGGAAGCAAGUGUUCUUAACAUUGAUAUGAAAGCAAAUAUCUGCUCUGUAAAAUAUAAUCCUGGAUCUAGCUUUCAUGUUGCAGUGGGUUCAGCAGAUCAUCACAUUCAUUAUUAUGACUUAAGAAAUAUAAGCCAACCAUUGCAUAUUUUUAGUGGGCAUCGGAAAGCUGUUUCAUACGUAAAGUUCUUGUCUAACCAUGAGCUAGCUUCUGCAUCUACUGACAGCACCUUGCGCUUGUGGGAUGUCAAACAAAAUAUCCCACUGCGCACUUUUAGAGGACAUGUCAACGAGAAAAACUUUGUCGGCCUAACUGUAAAUAGUGAAUACAUUGCAUGUGGCAGCGAGACUAACGAAGUUUUUGUGUACCAUAAGGCUAUUUCAAGACCCGCAGCAUGGCAUGGAUUUAGUUCUGAUGCAAAUGAAGGCGAGGAGCCAGGGUCUUAUUUCACGAGUGCCGUUUGUUGGAAAAACGAUAGCCCGACAAUGAUAACGGCGAAUAGUCGAGGUACAAUUAAAGUUCUGGUUCUCGCUGAGUAGAAAGUAAAUAAUAUAAUGUGAUUAUGGAGAAGGUAUAAGUUUGCUGUAGUCCAGGAUACUCCUUUUAAAAGUCUAUGAUAUUCGUCCUGAUGUUUUGGUUAUUGAAUUAGAAGCAUUAAGUUGCUGCAAACUGUAAAGUUUACUCGUAGUAUCCUUUUUUUCUUUGAAGUGAAUUAAAAGUAAGCAGAAUCAAUAGGUUCAUGAAAA